AUGGGAAACUAUAAAUCCAGACCGCCAACCUCGUGCUCAGAUGAACUAAAGAAGAAAAUCAGUGAAGGCUACGCGGUGGUGCGAAGUCGACUGAAUGACGACAUCAAGGCGAGGAAUUCAGCGUGGACACCACUGCAAAUCGCUGCAUUCGAUGGAGACAUCGAUGAUUUCGUUCGAUUAUUGACGCCUGAGUCCGUGGACUGUCGCACUCCUCAGCUUCUGUCUCUCCUGCACGUUAUUUGCGCUGGACAAAGCGACGGACAAGUAAAGAAGAUCACACAUUUGUUGGAGGAUGUAUGUGGGAAUGAUCCAAGCAAAAAGAAUGGUCUGCUUUCUCAUCUCUCUAACAACGGAUUUUCAGCCAUGCACAUUGCUGUUUACAAGGGUGACUUGUCGUUGGUGAAAUGUUUGCUAUCAGAAGGAGCUGAUCCUUCUCUCGGUGGUAAGCAUCAACUGCCACCUCUUCACCUAGCUGCAAUGAUUGGAAGUUCAUCCAUAGUCCAGGCUCUGGUGGACGAAGGUGCUUCUCUCUGCGCAAAUGACUUCGUACUUUUCACUGCUCUUCAUUGUGCAACAUAUUUCGCUAACGAGCAAGUUGUCCGUUGUUUGUUGAGCUGUGGUGCUGAUGGCAAUGUGUGUGGUGGGGUGAAGGACCGUCCGCUGCACCUGGCUGCUAGCAGAGGACUAUCCGCAAUCACCACUCUUCUUUUGGAAGCAGGAGCAGACCCACAACUGGCCGACGAUGAGGGUAAUCUGCCUUUACAUUUUGCAGCGAAAACAGGACAUAUGGCUGUGCUGAAUAUACUCCUAAAGAGCAGCACCAAUGUGGUUGAGACUGUGGCCACACGUAACGUCUACGGUGACACUCCACUUCACCUCGCAUGUUAUGGAGGACGCCUUGAUGCAGCUAAAGCCCUUAUUGCCGCAGCUGGAUCUCAUCUUAUGGUUUCUGAGAAUGUUUUCUCCGAAACUCCUCUGCAUGCGGCUUGUACUGGCGGAAAGUCGAUUGAAUUGAUUGCGUUCUUAAUGAAGCAGCCAGGUGUAGAUGCGAAUUAUCAGGGACAUGACGGCCACACAGCAUUGCACUCCGCAUGCUACCAUGGCCACCUACAAAUUGUACAGUACCUCCUCGAAAACGGUGCGGAUCAGUCGUUGGCUGCCCGAACCAACGAACGACCUGCUACUCUUCAGGGUGCACCUCAAUCCACAUUCGCCGCUGCUAUAAUGGCACUAAAUCGGCCGGAGACGCUAUCAGGCAUUUCGUCGCGUGAUUCUGUUAUUUCUGUCGAGGAUCAACAAACUCCAGUGAUUUGGGCUUACGAGAAAGGACACGAUCGAAUUGUUGCUCUUUUAAAACAAUAUGCUAACAAACGGCCGGACGCAGAUGUCUGCAGCGAAUAUAGCUCUGGAGAUUCCUCGUACACGCCAUUGCCAUCUCCAAUGGGUCGACUUCGAUCGAUGACUAGGGAAAAAGCUGAAGUGCUUCAGCUUCGGUCAACGCUUCCUCCAAUAUUUCACUUGUCUCUAGCUGACAUUGACUUCCAGGAAGCAAUUGGAAGUGGUUCAUUCGGGAAAGUGUACAAAGGAAGCUAUCGUGGAAAAAUUGUCGCUAUUAAGAGAUAUCGGGCUGCAGUAUACGGCUGCAAAUCCGAAGUAGAAAUGUUGUGUCGUGAAGUCUCGAUACUCUCGAAACUUGCUCAUCCGAAUGUAGUAUGCUUCGUCGGAGCAGUAUUAGAUGAUCCCAGCCAAUUUGCAAUAAUCACAGAGUUUGUCAGUAAUGGUUCAUUGUUUUCACUGCUGCACGAACAAAAAAGAGUUCUGGAUCCACCAUUCCGUCUACGAAUAUCCUACGAUGUCGCUCAAGGCAUGCGUUAUUUGCACGAAAGCGCUGCGAAGCCAGUGAUUCAUAGAGACCUUAACAGCCACAACAUUCUGAUUCAUCUUGACGGUCGUGCUGUGGUUGCUGAUUUUGGCGAAAGUCGAUUCAUGUGCCAAACAGAAGAGGAGAACAUGACGAAGCAACCAGGGAACCUUCGUUGGAUGGCACCUGAAGUGUUCUCGCAAUCAGGUCGUUAUGAUCGACGUGUGGAUGUAUUCAGUUUUGCUUUGGUAGUUUGGGAGGUUCACUCUGCUGAACUUCCAUUUUCACACUUAAAGCCUGCUGCAGCAGCCGCAGAAAUGGCGUAUAAGCGAGGGCGUCCACCACUUCCAGAUCAACCUACGGCGCAAUUCCCUGCACCAAUACUUGAACUUCUUCCUUUGGCGUGGCAUCCAGACCCAGUUGCAAGACCGGAUUUCUCGCAGAUCGUUACCAUGCUCGAACCCCAUGUAAGUUCUCUGGUACAGAGCGAUCCAGGCGAUCCACAAGGAACGGUUUCUCACCUAAAGACGCGCUGGGAGCAGUUAGCAAAUAGCUGCUCUCGGAAGCAUGCGAUAUCAUCCACCCUUUCCUCUCUUAACGGAAUCACAUCAAGUGGAACCGUUGAAGAACUCCGCCAGCGUAUAGAUCGAAACGGAUACGUCUGUCAACUGACUAAGGAGUAA